AUGCAGUCCGCUCUGCGGGAGAAGCCUGCAAGGUCUUUGGACCUUGAGGAGGCCUCGGCUUCGUCUGGGAGUCCAGACAAGAAAUCUGAGGAAUCGAGCCCACCCGAGUAUGUCAGGACAAGCGCCAGCCUGGCACGGGAAGAGGGUGAGGAGAUCAACUAUCAUACCCUUUCAUGGUGGCGCGCAGCUGUGGUGCUGGUCGCAGAAACCGUAUCCCUGGGCAUCCUCUCGCUGCCCUCGGUCAUGGCCACUUUGGGACUCGUGCCGGGAAUCAUUGUUAUCAUCAUCAUCGCCAUCAUCUCGGGUUACUCGGGCCUGGUCUUUGGAAAGUUUUGUCAGCUGUACCCAAACAUCCGAUCAUUCGGCGAUGCGGGCGGGGUGAUGGGAGAGACGCUAUGGGGGCCGGCGGCAGGACGCGUCUGCUUCUUGGUCUUGGGCUGGGGCCAGACCAUCUUUAUGGUCUUCGUGAUGGGUAGCCACCUCCUGACGUGGACGAUCGCCCUCAACAACCUGUCCAACAGCUCGCAGUGCACGGUGAUGUGGGCCGGGGUUGGACUGGUCAUCUUCUUCCUCUUCAACGUGGGACGGACGUUGAAGUACACGUCCUACAUGAGCAUCGCGUCGUCCUUAUCCAUCCUCUCGGCCGUUCUGGUGACCAUCGUGGACGUGGCGAUCGAGAAGCCGAUCGGCAGCACGAGCAUCGACAUCUCCCGGCAGAUUGGGUUCGCGACUGGAUUCCUCGCGGCGACCAACAUCUCCAUCGCCUUCUGCGCCCACUCGUGCUUCUUCACCGUCAUGAGCGAGCUCAAGGACAAGAAGGACUGGCCCAAGGCCCUGCUCGCCCUGCAGAUCCUGGACACGUCGCUGUACCUGGUCUCGGCCAUCGUCAUCUAUAUCUAUGUCGGACCCGAUGUGCCGUCGCCCGCCCUGUCUGCUGCCGGCACUACGGUGGUUCGCAAGGUGAUCUGGGGUAUCGCUCUGCCGACGAUUGUGAUUGCGGGUGUCAUCUAUGCUCACGUGGCCGGAACCUUCAUGUUUGAGCGGGUGUUUGGGGGUACAGAACAUGUGGCGAGACGGACGCGGCUUGGAACGGCCGUGUGGAUUGGGAUGAUGCUGGGGAUCUGGGUGCUUGCGUUUGUGAUUGCCGAGUCGAUCCCCAUCUUCAACAGCUUGUUGAGUCUGGUGGCCGCACUCUUUGUGAGCUGGUUCUCAUACGGAGUGCCUGGACUGAUGUGGCUAUUCCUGCACAGGGGGGAAUACUCGCAGCGGCGGGUCGGACUGGUCGCGAAUGUCGGCCUGGUGAUUGUUGGCCUCAUGUUCUGUGCCGUCGGCCUGUGGAGCACAGUGGUCAGCAUCGAGGGCAGCAGCUCGUCAAGACCGUGGACGUGUGCAAGCAAUGCCUAA